ACAUCGUAGUCUUUUCCAUUCAAACCCGAUAACAGCCCCUUCCCACUCUCCAGGGCAGACAGCCCCUUCUCCCCCACAUCACGCCGACAGCCACCAUCAGUCCUUCUCGGCCACUCCCCCAGCCGACAGCCCUUCUCCCGUUUUGUACCCAGCCGACAGCCUUUCGAAUCAGCAGCAAUUUCGGCUGAGGGAAGGAAAUCGCAGCCACCAUUCAGCGGCGCCUCCAGCCGCAGAUACUGUGCUUUUGGGUAAGAUGAAGAAAAUGAUAGCUUUAGGAUUUGAGGGUUCGGCUAACAAGAUUGGCGUUGGAGUUGUGACCUUAGAUGGGACGAUUUUAUCAAACCCCAGGCACACUUACAUCACCCCUCCUGGCCAAGGAUUCUUACCUCGUGAAACUGCCCAACAUCAUUUGCAACAUGUGCUUCCACUGGUUAAAUCUGCUUUAGAAGCUGCCCAAGUAACCCCGGAUGAAAUUGAUUGUCUUUGUUACACCAAGGGUCCUGGCAUGGGUGCACCCCUGCAAGUUUCUGCAAUUGUGGUUCGGGUCCUUUCACAGCUCUGGAAGAAGCCUGUUGUUGCUGUUAAUCACUGUGUUGCACAUAUUGAGAUGGGUAGGAUUGUUACUGGGGCAGAUGACCCUGUUGUGUUGUAUGUUAGUGGUGGGAACACGCAGGUUAUUGCUUAUAGUGAAGGACGGUAUCGAAUCUUUGGGGAGACUAUUGAUAUUGCUGUUGGGAAUUGUUUGGAUCGAUUUGCCAGGGUUUUACAGCUCUCUAAUGACCCUGCCCCGGGAUAUAAUAUUGAGCAGCUUGCUAAGAAGGGAGAAAAAUUUCUAGACCUUCCUUAUGUUGUCAAAGGAAUGGAUGUUUCUUUUAGUGGAAUAUUGAGCUUUAUCGAAGCUACUGCCGAGGAGAAGCUUAAAAAUAAUGAAUGUACCCCUGCAGACUUGUGCUACUCCCUACAGGAAACUGUGUUUGCCAUGCUUGUAGAGAUCACAGAACGGGCAAUGGCACAUUGUGACAAGAAAGAUGUUCUCAUUGUUGGUGGUGUGGGGUGCAAUGAGCGGUUGCAAGAGAUGAUGAAAACUAUGUGCUCUGAGAGGGGUGGAACACUGUAUGCAACUGAUGACAGGUAUUGUAUUGACAAUGGAGCAAUGAUUGCUUAUACUGGUCUCUUGGCUUUCGCAAAUGGUAUAACAACUCCACUAGAGGAAUCAACUUUCACCCAGAGGUUUCGAACUGAUGAAGUGCAUGCAAUUUGGAGGGAGAAAGAGUUGUCUAGGAUGAAUGCUGUUGGAGAAUAGAGGCUAAACCAGUGAACCUCGUUCCUAUGAUCACAGGUAGAAGUAUCACAAUCUUGGUGAAAAAUUUAGUAUGUACCAAUGAAGAAGGAUUCUAUGGAGAAGUGGAGAUUGAUGUAUUCUUUUAGCUUAGCUAGAUUUGUAAUUGCAAGGCAUAUUUGCAACUACUAUAUCAAAAUUAGAAAUUGGUCAGUUCACAUCGCAUGCUGAGUAUGUAUUAUGAUUUACAAUAUCUAUGCAUCCAUGCCUUUUCUUUUUUUU